UCACUAUCUAACUUUCAUUGAGCUAUCCUCGUAAACAACCUGUCACAUCGAGUGCUACGGCGCAUCAUCAAACAAUUACGAAAGCUGUGAUAAAAACAAAACCGGUAGUGACGUAAUACCAUGAAUGCGGCGGCAAAAUGUAAACAAAAAUCAUAUGGUUGGCCUUCUAAUAAACAAGAACGAUGACAUUAUACCAGCAACAACAGGAGCAGCUAUUAAAAGCAGUCAUAGAUUUCCGCUUGAGCAAGUUUGCUGUGCUUGAAUGUGUGUGUUUGUGUGCGAGUGUGUCUGUAUUUGUAUUGCCGUCAAAGAAUUAGGUUUAAAAAGGAAAGUCAAAUAAAAUGUCCUGUUUGACACAACGGACCUUGGAUACGCAACCAAAAAUCAGUUUGUGAUUAUAAAAGGCAGCAGCUGGUUGUAUCCGAGAAGACGAAACGAGAAAAAAUAAUUCAUAGAGCAAAUCAAAGUUUUAACUGGAAAAAAAUCUGAAGUGAGCAAGAAAAAAUCUAGAACAAAAUUUUUCUUAAUGGAAAAGUGUCGAAGUUAUAUGUGUAAAAUUAAAAAGAAUUAAAAUUAUAGUGCAUGAAAAAUUGCUGAAAGGGAAAAAAGUUUUCUAAAAUCCCAUCAAAAAAAGAUGGAAGUGAAUUAUUGAAUAAAGUGGAGAAAAAUCAAUAAAUUAUUCAUUCAAGAAAAGUGCUUUAAAAAUUGUCAAAUGGAAAUGAAUUACGACUAUGUUUUCAUUUUACGUGGAAAAUGUUUUAUUCGUUGAAAAGUGUCCUGGAACAUUUAUUGGCCUGGUUUAUACUUAAAUUUUCCAUGAAUAUCUUAAAUUUUCUGGUCACACAAGUGCACCAAUCUCCAAACGUAGCGUAGAAAGUUCAUCAGAAACAAAAGAAAUUUCAUGAAAUGGAAAUGAAUAAAAUCGCCUAGAAGAGAAAUAUCAACAAAAGCACCACAUCGGGGUCGGUCAUAAUGAGAAAAUAAAUCAAUUUAGUACUCAUUGAACCAUCAGAAGAACACAAUCAAGGCGUAUAGUCGUCAUCAGAUUUGUGUGUAGUGUGCGUUUACAUUGGCCAUAGUUCAACGAUUAUGAUUUCAUAUUUUUGGUUUGAUUUGAGUUGAGUUGAAGGAGAAAUUGCAAUUCUUUUGCUUUGUUUCUAUUCUAGUUUGUUUUUUUUUGUGUCCCUUCGUUGUAACCAACAAUGGCUGAGUCAAUAUCUUCCACAACAUCGUCUUCGUGCCGUUUGGAUGACGGCAACUCACAUUCGGAUUCAAUUGUAUGCCAAGGAUUUUACAGUGAAUCUUCACAACCAACGGAGGAAGAUAUUCACGAUUAUGCCAAAACAAUUGGCAUUGACCCGGUAAAAGAGCCCCAUUUGCUUCAUUUGGCCAAGGAGGGUUUAAUGCGACCAUUGCCUGCCAACUGGCAAUUGUGCUCUGCCGAUGAAAUAGGAGAUCCUUAUUAUUACAACGUCAAAACGAAAAACACGCAACGCGAACAUCCUCUUAACGAAUACUAUCGUCAAUUGGUGAGACAAGAAAGGCAGCGUCACAAUGAGUUUCCUUUGAAAAUGGCCAUGGAUACGAAUGCGAAGCAGGAAGAAGUGGUGCCCCUGACACCAAGUGGUUCAAAAGUGGAUGUUUUUGGUAGAAAUGCACCGACCAGAAACAGUGUCAAGGCCAAGGCUUCGAUGUGGGAUCAAGCCUUUGAUGAGGUUUACAAUAAAGUUAUACACCAAGAGAAAGUGAAAAUGGAUCAGGGGAAAAAAGGAGCUGCACAAAGAAAACCUGAAAAUGGUGAUGUUGUCACAGAGGAGGCCACAGAUGCCUUGGAAACAAUGAGGGACAAUGAAGUGGCGGAGAAUGGCAAAAUUCCAAAGAAUGGUAAAUGCGAUGAACAUAUUGAGGAACAUGGCGCCACAGCCAAUCAUGAACACGAUGAAAAGGCCCAAAACAACUCGGAAUCCUCAUCAACUUCUUCUGGGCCCUCGGUAAAUUCCACCGGAGCCAUACCCAAACUCUAUGGCAGUUUGGCCUCUGGAUCCACAGCUAAUGGAAAUUUCAGUGGCAAUGUAAAUCGUUUUCUGGAAACUCGUUCCAAGAAUUUUCCCACAAAUUUCAAGAGUCAAACGCGUAAGGGCUUCAAUGUGAAGGCAGGCAAUGAAAAAUAUCCCAUUCUCAGUGCAAAGGAUAAGGAUUCCGACAACGAGCUCUUGAGUGAGAGCCUCACGGAGAGAAAGGGUUUUACAUUAUCCGGUACCGGAUCAAUGUUCUUGAAAUCUCGACGCCAUUUUGGUAUCACAUCCACCGAACCUCCGCUCAACUAUAAGGUGGUGGUUGAAGGUGAGGUGGGCACUCCACCCGGUUACAAAAGUAUCUUGCGUGAAACCGGCCUGGAGGAGGUGAAACGCCGCUGGCAACGGGAAUUUGCCAAGAGCGAUUUACGUGCCAUCUCCGAUACGGAUGCAGAUGAUAAGAAAAAUGUCCGUUUCAAUUUGGAAGAGGCGAAAAUUCCCAGUUCCAGUGAGGAAGAGCUUAAUGCUGAAAUGUCCUCCGAAUCGGAAGAUGAUGGUGUGGACGAUGUUGAGGAUCCUUGGGGCGACGAGGAGUUGGAUGAAUUCGAAGACUUGGAACAUGACGACGAAGAGGUAAAUGCCUGUGUUGGAAUUGGUACGCUACCCAUGGAGGCGGUUUCCUAUCAACGCAGCCUGAAUCCGUUCCUGAUGAACGAUGAGCGUCAAAUGAAGGACAUCAAAGUAACACCGGUUAGUAAAACUCAAACUAUACAAAUGCUUAAAGCUCAAAGUUUUUCUAUACACAUGAAGGCAAAGGAGGCUGGUGGUGGCGAGGAAGCAGCCGGCAGUGGGGCCAAGGACGGUGUCGUCAGCCAAAAUGCAGUCCAAUAUUUGGAUACACUAAAAGAGACGGCCACGGUUAAGCCUUUGUACGAAGACACCGAUUCCGAUUCAAAAGGUAGUUCCGAUCAUAGUAUUGUUAGCAAUAAGCCGGAAAUAACUAAUAUGGCCCACAGUCCUUCUAAUAAUCCCUUUGAAAUGGAUGAAGUGGUGGUGGAGGAGGAUCAAAAGCAUAUUGAAGUAGUAGUCAGGGCAAGUGAAAAAGCAGCGGUAAGAUCUUUCAAAGUGGCCUCCAAAUUGGUGGGUUUCCUACGGAAGGAUGUCGACAAGCCGGAUAGCUCCAGUAAGGACAAGGAAUCCGAUGAUAAUUCCUUUGAAAUGGACAAGGAUAGGCCUCUGUGGGACAAUGAAGAUGGUUAUGAGUCAGAAUAUCCUGGCAGUAAUCCAUUUGAUUUUGAAGAAUUGGCAAGGCGCCACAACGCGGAAUCCCACUCGGAGAAGAAAUCGCGGGGCCACAAACCCGAGAAAUCUUCAAUGCGCUCAUUUAGGGUGGCCUCCAAAUUGGUGAAUCUCCUGAAGAAGGACAACGAAAAGUCUUCGUCGGGUGAUACAAGCAAAGAAUUGGAAGCCCAGGUGGAAUUGCGGGAAUCGUUGGAGAAACAAAAACAACAACGCCUGAAAGAGGAACGGGAGAAACUGGAGGAACAAUUGCAACAGGAAAUCGGACAAAUCAAAAAGGAGCACGAGCAAAAAUUGCGCAGCAUACGAGAGGAGUACGAUUUGCGCCUGGAGGCAUAUCGCCAAGAAACCGAAGAGGCGUUGAAACUGGAAAUGUCCGAAUAUUGUCAUCAAAUGCAGGAGGAAUACGACACAAAGCGCAAGGCAGUCGUGGAUGAACACAAAUCCCAGAUGGCCACGGUGCAAAAGAAUCAUGCCGAACUCUUGGAAGAACUUGAACGGGAUUUGAAGAGUGAAGAAGAGAUGAUAAAGAAGGAACAUGCCACAAAGCUGCAGCAGAUGAAGGACAAACUCAGCGAUGAAUUGGAGGCGGAAAGACAGCGCAUGAAAGAGUCCGGCGAAGAGAGACUCUAUGAGAAGGUGCGUUGUGAGAAACGUUUGCUGGAGGACAAGUAUCGUUGCCUCAAGGAGAAAUAUGCUCGGCUCAAGACCGAAGUUAAGCUGUCGGUGGAGAGAAGAAAUCGUCGGCGUGAGGCCCAGGCGUUGCAGCAGAAGAAUAUGCACACCACCACCACUGGAUCGGAGACUGAACGUUCCACGUCGCACAGACCACCCGCAGCGGUCAACAGUGAACAUCGUUCCUCGGCAAUGGCCGCCCAAAGUGGGGGUAGUGGCAGUCAAGCUUCCAAUAAGCCACCCAUACCCACAAAAGCACACUUGGCGGCCGCCAAUAAAGAUCCUCCCUCAACAACGCUGACGGAACGCAACAGCGAACGUGUGGCAACGUCAAGUUCACGGCGACCCGGAGCUUCUCCCAAAUAUGCACGUCACCUGCGGGUGCAGGAUGACACCACAUCGGUUAGUCAGUCGGACACCACCAUAUCGAACAACUAUCCAAAGGGGAGGUAUCUGUUGGCUCCCACAUCCGCAUUGAGCGACAAUGGCAAUUCCGACUCGGAAGCAUUUGCCAGCAAUGUUGAGAACAACAACAACUCACGCAGAGGCAGUGGCGCUGGACCACCACCACAACGUAAGAAGCAAUUCACUCGACUCAAAUCGGCCUCAACAUCGCGUCUCAAUACCGACAAUGCGAAGAACGAACGACCCUGCACCCCAGUCGAGAAUUUACGCCAUCAACUGCAGAAACUCGAAGACUUGGAAGACCAACUACCCGACAAUGCCCUUGAGACGACAUACCAUCUGCGUUAUCCCUUCUCGGACAUAUCGAAUGCCGACUACGCGGCCGGCUCCAGUUCGGAGCUGGAAUUCUUCAAACAUCGCAUCCAUCUCGAAAGGGAUUCGGUACGCCGAGCUAAGGAGUCGUUGCGUUCGCAAAGAACUACCUUUAGAGCUAGACAGCGAGAAAUCAAGCAAAGGCACAACAAUCAGGCCACCCGACACAGUCUGGAACAAUUGAUACAGGAAGAGAAAGACCUCACCGAAAUGGAGGUGACACUGCACAGGACACGUGCCUUGUUGGGCGAGAAGGUGAUACGUCUGCGUCAUCUGGAACAGAGCGUAAUGCGUAUUUGCGACAAAGCCGGCAACAAGGCAUCGCUGGACUUGUUGAGUGUUGAGCCGGCAAAAGAAGAUGCAACUUUGAGUGAUUUGUCGUCUCAGUCUAGCUCCGGUUUUAGUAGUACCGAUUUGGCCAGCGGCGAUACCCAGAACUUGAAUAAGCGUCGCGAAUUUCAUAGCCUCGAGUCGAAUGAGUGCAUUAAGAAUUUGGAGAUUUUGAAUGCUGAGAUCCGGGAGAUUUUGGAUUUGCUGGGCAGGGGUGGACAGCCAACAGCAGGUUUGAAUAUACCCAUGAUACAGCCUGCAGAAUUGAAUUGGUCCCAUAUGAUGGGUUCUGCUGGCACAGCCCUGAGUCCAACACCAGAUCGCCGGGAAACUUUAAGACAACUAAGCUCCGGCAAUACCUCAACCAUUGAUCGUCUACAGAAUUCCAUUAUGGCGGCGAAAACGAUUGCCUCUCAAAAUCCCAAGGCCAUAAAUUACACCAACAGUUUGGUGGAGAGGACGCGAGACAUACGCAAUUGGCUGAAACAGGCCAAGAAUGAACAUGAAUUGGCCAGCCCAAAGUCAUUGGGCAUAACUAGUCCCAUACAGGCCAGCGGCCAGUUGACACCCAACAAUGCUUCGGGCAGUGAAGGUGGCAUUAGUCCCGUUGGAGCAGUUGGACCUUCACAGGCAAAUCCUUAAAUUUAAUUCAGCUAAAUUUACAAACAUGGAUACGGAGCAUACAUACGUGCAGAUGAUAGCCUAGAAGAUUGUGUUGUGAAAUGAUGGAACUAGAAUAGUAUCAUUGUAUUGGUGCCAAAGAAUUGAGUAUUAACUAAGUGAGGAAAUGGAAGAUUUUUUUU